GGACAGCAAAUUCUCGAAGGCUGAGAGCGCCUAAGGAUUACAAUUUAUUUAUCAGAAGAAACAGGACAGUUUUCGGGCAGAUCAGCCAAAAUGGAAACCACAGCCAGUCCCGCCAAGGAUAACUACCGAAUGAACCGCUACAAGAACAAAGCGCUGAACCUGGAGGAGAUGCGGCGCCGGCGGGAGGAGGAGGGCAUCCAGCUCAGGAAACAGAAACGAGAAGAGCAGCUCUUCAAGAGAAGAAAUGUGGAGAUGCUGAACGAGGAGGUGGGCGCGUUCGACAGCCCCCUCAUGGAUGCCUUCAUCAGCUCCACCAUGACUGGGGAGGGAGUGAUCACAAGGGACAUGGUGGAGAUGCUCUUCUCUGAUGAUCCCGAGCUCCAGCUUGCCACAACACAGAAAUUCCGAAAGCUGCUGUCAAAAGAGCCCAAUCCGCCCAUCGAUGAGGUCAUCAACACGCCCGGGGUCGUGGAGCGGUUCGUGGAGUUCCUGAAGAAGAGUAUAAACUGCACGCUGCAGUUCGAGGCAGCGUGGGCGUUGACCAACAUCGCGUCGGGGACGUCCCAACAGACGAAGAUCGUCAUCGAAGCGGGGGCGGUGCCCAUCUUUAUCGAGCUCCUCAACUCCGACUUUGAAGACGUGCAAGAACAGGCUGUGUGGGCCCUGGGAAAUAUUGCAGGUGACAGUGCUGUGUGCAGAGACUACGUGUUAAACUGCAACAUCCUGCCACCACUAUUAAUGUUGUUGACAAAGUCCACCAGACUGACCAUGACCAGAAAUGCUGUGUGGGCACUGUCCAACCUGUGCCGGGGCAAGAGCCCUCCUCCAGACUUUGAGAAGGUGUCCCCCUGCCUGCCGGUUCUGUCCCGGCUGCUGUUCAGCAGCGAUCCGGACCUGCUGGCGGACGCAUGCUGGGCGCUGUCCUACCUCUCAGACGGGCCCAACGAGAAGAUCCAGGCCGUCAUCGACUCGGGCGUGUGCAGGCGCCUGGUGGAGCUGCUCAUGCACACAGACUACAAGGUGGCCUCGCCAGCCCUGAGAGCCGUGGGGAACAUUGUCACCGGUGAUGACAUUCAGACACAGGUGGUCCUGAACUGCUCCGCCCUGCCCUGUCUCCUGCACCUCCUGAGUAGCGCCAAGGAGUCCAUCCGCAAGGAGGCGUGCUGGACCAUCUCCAACAUCACCGCAGGGAACCGAGCACAGAUCCAGGCUGUAAUAGACGCCAACAUCUUCCCCAUCCUAAUAGAGAUUCUCCAGAAGGCGGAGUUCCGCACAAGGAAAGAGGCAGCAUGGGCGAUCACAAACGCUACCUCAGGGGGGACUCCGGAGCAGAUCAGGUACCUGGUGAACCUGGGCUGCAUCAAACCCCUCUGUGACCUCCUGACUGUCAUGGACUCCAAGAUCGUCCAGGUGGCACUGAACGGGCUGGAGAACAUUCUGAGACUGGGCGAGCAGGAGGCCAAGAAGGACGUCAAGCAGAACGGCAGCGGCAUCAACCCCUACUGCGGCCUCAUUGAAGAGGCAUAUGGACUGGAUAAGAUUGAGUUCCUGCAGAGUCACGAGAACCAGGAAAUCUACCAGAAGGCGUUCGACCUGAUCGAGCACUACUUCGGCGGAGAGGAGGAGGAUUCCAGUCUGGCUCCGCAGGUGGACGAGAACCAGCAGCAGUACCUCUUCCCCCAGCAGGAGGCACCCAUGGAAGGCUUCCAGCUAUAACUGCUCCGCCCCCCCUCACACACCCCCCCGCCC